CUCGCCGAGAUGAGAACGAAUUUUCACUCUGACUUUCAGAUCGAUUUUCUGGUGACAUGGAUUGCCCUGAGAGUGGUGCUGGUCACUUGGAUGCUCUGGUACCUUCCGCAGAAGGACUUGAUGACAAGUUGCUUUGUCCUUGCGGCCUUGGUCUUUUUGGAAUUGUUCGGACGAUAUUAUGUGACAGGCGGGAGGGUCUCACCAACAGGUAAAGCCGUUCUCAUAACAGGUUGUGAUACGGGGUUCGGAUUCAGGCUCGCCCAUCGGUUAAGCAUUGAGGGCUUCCAAGUGUUCGCUGGAUGCUUGGAAAUCUUUCGUAAUGAUUCGACCACAGGCUCUCGUCUGAAAAUAGACGUCACCAGUCAAGAAGAUAUCCAGCUGGCCUUCGAUUAUGUCUCUGCACAUCUGGGCGAAAAUGAGUUAUGGGCCGUAGUGAACAAUGCUGGCAUCAGCAAGGGCACCUCGCUAGGGCGCACUUGCAUCGAGGACGUGGAAGAAGUGAUGAACGUGAACGUGCUGGGAGCGAUUAGAAUAACCAAGAGCUUCUUGCCACUACUCCAGAAGUCGCGGGGACGUGUCGUGAACGUCGCCAGUGCUUCAGGUCUGUUCCCGAUGCCUCCCUUCUUGCCCUACUGCGUGUCCAAACACGCCAUGGUGGCCUUCACCAAGACGCUCAGAAUGGAACUAAGACGAUGUGGGAUCAAUGUCGUCUCCAUACAGCCCUGGAUUUAUAGGACUCGACUCUCUAAGGUUCGCCACGACAGCAACCAUGUUACUUCACUUCAGAAGAAGACGGGAGCUUUGUUUGAUUGGCUGGUGAACGACGACGUCGAUGAGGUCAUCGAUGCGAUGGUGGAUGCCCUCACCCGGCAGCAUCCCCCUUUUUCAUACACACCCGGGAAAUGGUACUUGAACUGUUUUCUGAGCGUCCUUAGGGCGCUUCCAGAGCCUAUUGCUGAUAUGAUUCUUUGUUUCCUGUUUGGAUGUUAAAAGAUUGAAUCAUCCAUUCCAAAAAUGACCAAAAAACUGAUCAUGUAUCAUUUCUGAAUUCGUUUCAGAAUUCUUCAUCAGAGGUUUUCGUAAGAUCAAUGGGUGGAGGAAUCUUCUUCGGAGCAGCAUCCAAACUCGAUUGUUAGAUCCGGGAUUAGUAUUUUGAUAGAAACAGAAUGUUUUCUACAAUUUUAUUUCAUUUUCUUUUUUUAUAUCAUUACUUAACUCAAAAAACCUCAAAGAAAAUAGCAACCAGAUUAAGUGAUGUUACAUCAGAAAAUGGUACAAAUCAAUUUAUGUUA